AUGCUUAAAAAUAAGUGUUCGCAGCCACUUAGUCCCUUGCUUAGCUACUCUAUAUUUUCUACUUUACUAUUACAAAAAUCCUUACUAUCGCCUUUACUCCGCACUAUCACUCCUUCGCAUUCCUACAUAGCACACUCUCUGCUCGUCUUCGUCGUCGCCGCUCUAGUUAUAGCUAACAGCAAGAGUGGUUGCUGCGAGGCCUACGGGAGCUAUGUGUGUGCUCUAGUCGACGAGUCGAUCGCUAGUAACGUUUACGCUGCUAUAAAGCAAGGCAUGCUUAAGCAGCGCAAGGACGUUCCCUUUUAUAUUAUUAAGAAGUACUGCGAUGUUGUCUUUGAGAUAAUCUAG